AUGAAUUUUCUUAAGAAAGCAUUUUUUGCUUCUGAGAAGUCUGACGAAUUGUCGACGCUUCCUUCGGGCCGGCUUUAUUUAACCCGGUCUCCGAACUCUCCUAAAGGGGCCAGGGAAUGUUUAUAUAGUGAUGCCUGCGCUACUAUUCGUCAAACCAAUACUCCUUACUAUUAUACGUUGAUGGUGAGUCGUAUGUAUCAGGAAGGAGAGCUAGAUGCCAAUGGAUCAGAAUAUGAUUCGGAUGAGGAGGAAUCGGACUCUGAUCUAGGAAGAGGUAAUGGUGACUCUGCUAAUCGUAUCGCAAAUGGUCAUAAUGAUGAAUGGAGCUUCACUAUAUCGGAAGACCUACAGAUAUACAGUUUUACCAAUGAAGAUGGUACUAAGGCUAUCAGUUGGAACGAUUUGAAUGGGGAUUUUGGUGAUAGAUUUGAGUUUGUUAUUGAUGAAGAAAUCAAAUAUAGUGACAUUGAUAGUUUCCUAUUAAGUUUAUAUAAGUGUGUUUAUGAGCUGAAGUAUAACGAAAGCUCUAUGGGUAUUGAAGAUUUGAAUCAGUUGCAGGAAUUUAUUUUGUCCCCAAAAGACUUACUUAACUUGGAUAAGUUGAAGAAAGAUAUGAGUGAUCUUGAUGCUGUUGAGAAGAACUCUCCUAAAAAACCUUCAAAAGUGUUUUCUGACGACGAUGACUAUGAAGAUGACGAAGAUUAUGAUGACGAUGAAGAUGACGACGAGGACGACUAA